GUAGAUGCUAACAAUUGCAUGUUUCCAAUAGCAUUUGCAGUUGUAGAAGGUGAAACAAAAGAGACAUGGACAUGGUUUCUUCAAUUCCUUGCAUCUGAUUUGGAAAUUCAUAGUAACCCUUAUGGCUGGACAUUCAUAUCUGACAAGCAAAAAGGAUUGGUUAAAGCUGUUGAAGAGGUAUUACCUAAUGUUGCACAUAGGAAUUGUGUAAGACAUCUUCACCAGAAUUUCACCAAAGAUGGAUUUGGGGGUCAGGUAUUUAAGAGAGUAUUCUGGGCAGCUUGCAAAGCCACUACAGAACCAGAAUUUAAGCAGCACAUUGAGGCAAUGCAAGUGUUAAAUCCAAAGGCAGCUGAGUGGGUUAGUGAAAGGUCUCCACACCAUUUCUGUCGAGCUUUCUUUGACACAUCUACUAAGUCCGACAUGUUGUUGAACAAUUUGUGUGAGUCCUUCAAUUCUUCAAUCUUGAAUGCUAGAGACAAACACAUUAUAACCAUGGUGGAGUGUUUAAGAAUAUAUCUUAUGAAAAGAAUGCAACGUAAUAGGGAUAAGAUGAGGAACAAUCCUAUGAAGAUUUGUCCAAAGAUUGUAAAAAGCAUUGAACAAAACAAGGAGAAAAUAGGUGGCUACAUUUCUUAUAAGUCAAAUGACGAAUGGUGGCAGGUUGAGGAUGAUGAUUUGAAGUUGUUUUGGGUGCACUUAACCACUUGUUCUUGUUCAUGUAGAAGAUGGGACUUGACAGGCAUUCCUUGUGUACAUGCAAUUUCUGCAAUUUCAGAAAAUGGUCAAGAUCCUAUAGAGUAUACAAAUUGGUUUUAUUCAGUGGAGGCUUAUUUGAAGAGUUAUGAACCAGCUAUUCUGCCCAUCUCAUCUUCAGAUCAAUGGAUAAAAACAGGAGCACCACCACCCUUGCCUCCCAAAUAUAAGCCCCAGCCUGGAAGACCUAAAAAGUUAUGAAGGAAAGAUCCUAUUGAGAAGGAACAUGUGCCGACUAAACUUGGAAGGAUAGGAGAAAAGAAAAAGUGUGGACUUUGUGGCCAACAUGGACACAACAAGAGAAGAUGCAAGGCAUCCAAAGAGCAGCAACAAGAACA